UAGUGCAUGAAACUUGUAUACCUAUUUUGCCAAAUAGUGAUGCAUGCACUGAUACCUACACACAUUAUAAACAACGGCGAAAUCCACAAAAUUAUAAUUUUGCUACCCGUAAUUCAAAUCGUUCGCGGUUUAAGGUUACUGAUAACAGUGAUAAUGCCGAUCGAGCUCGUAUUGAUCGCCCAGGUUCUUCUCGAGAAAAGAACCACAAUAUCACUGCAUGCAACAUGAAAUGCAUAACAUGUAAUCGAUCGAGCGACGAUCGCAAAAAUAAUAAUAGUCCGAGCGAAAACAUUACUCAUGUUAACCCUUCAGCCGCCACAACUGAAAAUGUUAACUCUUUGGUUGCCGAACGUAAAAAUGAUAAUUUGGAUAUGUUUCCUAGCGUCGACGGACAUCCUUGCUGCAAUGCCAAUGCAAACUGGCAAUGUCAAACAGUAACCUGCGCGGUCGCAGAGGAUUCAAAUUUUGUUCAUCAAAGAUGUCCGGGCGACAGUAAGAUUUGUAUACCAUUAGUUGAAAAUUAUUGUGAUAAUAACGGGAUGAACCCGAAUUUUCCGGAAUAUGGGAAUAGGUGUGAUGUAAUGGGAUUUGAUUGUUUUUAUGGUUGCGGCGGAGAUGACGAUCUUAUGGGACCCCCUAUUGGUCGUGACGUACGGCCGAUUUUUAACAUAAAUAUACUGGGUUUUGACGGCACCGCUUUAAUAGACACAGCUGCAAAACACUGCAUCGCGGGUCAUACGCUAUAUGCUCUCCUCCAGCAGAACAACCAUCCUCUCCGCGUUUCCUCUCAACGAGUCAGACUUGCCGACGGUGUGGUGCGCAUUAUGGACGUUUUUACCACCACACUCGAUGUACGCCUAGAGACGACAAUUAUUUCCACUCCAUUCCUCAUAUUUCCUGAAUCCACCAAUAAUGAAACGUUAUUAGGAAUAGAUUUUAUUACCGCAGCUGGAGUAGUAAUCGACUUCAAAGAAGAGGUUUGGUUCUUCAGUGAUGAUGCGAUGGUAAAGUAUAAUCUGUGUUUCGAACCUAAGUCGCGCAAAGUUUCCUGCGCCGCUACAGACAUCCUUAGAGAUGACGAAGGUACUCACCUUACGCCGGCUGAACGGCAAGCGCUCGCUGACGUACUGGACAGGCACGCAGACAUCUUCAGAGCAGGGGGAGGUCCAACUCCGUUUGCAGAGCAUCGCAACGAAACAGGUGAGCAUACACCAAUAUCAGUACUCCCAUACUGUUUAAAUCCUUCGAAGAAACCGCCUGAUAUUAUAUUAGGGAAGUACCAUACCCAAGACCUUACCUGUUACCACGGUAACAAAGACUCCUUACCCAAACCAGUGAUUCCUAAGAGGAAACGUGGACGCCCAGCUAAGGCUGUUGAUGUCCUAGUCCAGGAGCGAGGGCGUUCUCCAGGACUAGAGGGGGAGUAUAUAGCAACCCUAACGCCUGCCGCGUCGGCAGCCGCGUCUGAUCGCGCGCCGCGACCAAUCAGGGACUCUCGUUGUCGGUUCUCGGCGCGAUUCAAAGAGUAGCGACCGAGUGGCUUUCCUUUUGGCAAGCCGCGCGUACGCCUUUACUGGCGCCGACAGUUCACCCGCAACCACCGAAGCAUACACACGAGAAUACGUCCGCACCUCGCUCGCUACCAUUCCUUUUCGAACUUGUUUGUGGGACCCUCUGGAGUAUUCAUACCCAGUGCUCCAGCUGGACAACA